CACUGAGAGGUAGACACAGCAAGUAAAAAGAUGCGGCUCUAAGAUGGCGAGUAAGCUCACUGGAUUGGAGGUCCUUUUGUUCAUCUUCUUCCUGACUGUAUUGACCGUAGACAUCUUCCUGCUGCUGCUUGUGUUGGAAACUCCUCCAGGUACUUCAUUUAUUCCAGAGUGUCCGCAGAUCCCCGAAUCUGAAAGGAUAGACUGCACACCUGGCCAGGUGGUGACAGAGGAGGUCUGCUCAUGGCGAUAUAAAUGCUGCUGGAAGGUUGCGACAGAUACUAAUGUUCCCAGAUGUUUCUUCCCUAAGAACUGGGGCUAUGAAAUCAGCAAUGACCCUAAAAAUACAAGCACAGGGUUUACUGCCCAGUUGAAAAGGUUGCCAUCUCCAUCCUUAUUUGGAUAUGAUGUCACCGACACCCUCUUCACAGCUGAAUAUCAGACAUCCAGUCGUUUUCAUUUUAAGAUCACUGAUGCCAAUAACAUGCGCUAUGAAGUCCCCCGUGAAAAUAUUAACUCCCUUAACAGGACUGCUAAUACCUUCACUUUGAGCUAUAACAUAGAAGUCGUUCAUAAACCCUUCAGCAUCAAAAUAAUGAGGACGAGCAACAAUAGAGUCUUGUUGGACACGAGCAUCGGGCCCCUGCAGUUCGCCCAGCAGUUCCUGCAGCUGUCUCUCCGGCUGCCCAGCACCAACGUGUAUGGGCUGGGAGAGCAUGUGCACCAGCAGUACCGCCACAACAUGACCUGGAAGACCUGGCCCAUCUUCACCCGGGACGCCAAGCCCACUGAGGGCAUGAUUAAUCUCUAUGGAGCUCAUACAUUCUUCUUGUGCCUUGAAGACACCAGUGGCUCUUCCUUUGGGGUUUUUCUGAUGAACAGUAAUGCCAUGGAGGUCACCCUUCAGCCUGCUCCUGCAAUCACCUACCGCACAAUUGGGGGCAUUCUUGACUUUUAUGUGUUCCUGGGAAAUACUCCAGAACAAGUGGUUAAGGAGUACCUGGAGCUCGUUGGACGACCAUUCUUGCCUCCAUACUGGAGUCUUGGGUUCCAGCUUAGCCGCAGGAACUAUAAUAACAUUGAUGGGUUGAAAAAGGUUGUAAGCCGAACUCGUGAAGCUAGGAUCCCAUAUGAUGUCCAGUACUCCGACAUAGACUACAUGAACGAAAUGAAGGACUUCACUAUUGAUGGAGUGGCUUUCCCCAAUCUCUCAGAUUUUGUCCAGGAGUUACACAACUAUGGAUUGAAAUAUGUAAUUAUUAUGAAUCCUGGCAUCUCCAAUGAUCCUGACUACGAGCCCUAUCAGAAUGGAAGUAAAAAGAGAGUAUGGGUCAUGGGAAGCAAUGGUUUUGUCAUUGGAAUGGGAUACCCUGGACGGACAGUCUUCCCUGAUUAUAGUAAUCCAGUUUGUACAGAGUGGUGGACCGAGCAGGUCACUGAGUUCAAUAAAAUUCUGCAGUUUGAUGGAGUGUGGAUUGGAAUGGACGAAGUGUCCAGCUGUCUCCAGGGUUCAGAUCAUGAGUGUGAACUGAACAACUGGAACUUUCCCCCUUUUACUCCUCGAGUCCUGGAUGGCUCACUUAUUGCAAGAACCCUCUGCAUGGAUGCAGAGUUUCACCGGGGCCUUCACUAUGACGUCCACAGCUUGUACGGCUACUCCAUGGCAAGAGCCACAGACACGGCCCUGAGUAGUAUCUUCCCUGGCACUAGGAACUUCAUUUUAUCCCGUUCUACUUUUGCUGGAUCUGGCAAAUUUGCUGCUCAUUGGCUGGGGGACAAUGCGGCCACGUGGGAUGAUCUCCGAUGGUCCAUCCCGAGCAUCCUUGAGUUCAACCUAUUUGGCAUCCCCAUGGUAGGUGCCAACAUUUGUGGUUAUACACAAGAUGUCACGGAGGAGCUCUGUACACGAUGGAUGCAACUGGGAGCAUUUUACCCGCUAUCAAGGAAUCACAAUGGGCCAGGAUACAGGGAUCAGGAUCCUGCUGCCUUUGGUGAAAACUCUCAGGUGCUGAAUUCCUCCAGACAUUACCUGAACAUCCGCUACACCCUGCUGCCCUACCUCUACACCCUUUUCUACCGUGCUCAUACCCUGGGGGAGACUGUGGCGAGGCCCCUUGUCCAUGAGUUCUACCAGGACCCAGCCACAUGGGAGGUGCACGAGCAGUUCUUGUGGGGGCCUGGACUCCUCAUCACACCUGUUUUAUAUGAGGGUGCGAGCCAGGUGACUGCGUACAUACCUGAUGCCACCUGGUAUGACUAUGAGACGGGGGCGGCCAUUCCCUGGAGGAAACAAUUGGUGGAGAUGCUAUUGCCGGAUUAUAAGAUGGGACUUCACCUUCGAGGGGGAUACGUAUUUCCCACCCAGAAGCCGAGCACAACCACGGAGGCCAGCAGAAAGAAUUCCCUGGGACUCAUUGUUGCCUUGGACUAUAAGAGAGAAGCAAAGGGGGAGCUGUAUUGGGACGACGGUGUAUCUAAAGAUGCUGUAACUAAUAAGAGCUAUAUUCUGUACGAGUUUUCUGUCGCCUCUAACCGUCUACAGGCAAACCGUCUAAAUACAGAUGGUGGUUAUAAAGUCCCUGGUGACCUCAUGUUUACGGAUAUAAUAAUCUUGGGAAUGGACAAGCAGCCUGAUACUUUGACUGUCUUACAAAGUAAUGGUCAUACCUCCACUUUAAACUUUACCUACAGCAAUUCAAUAAAGGUUUUGAACAUCACUGAUAUCAAGGGACUGGUACUGGGACAAGAAUUCUCCAUUGAGUGGACUCUUCCUGUCAAAGAUGAGGAAAAGUUCAACUGCUACCCUGAGGAUCCCAGGGCCUCCCAGAAGGGCUGUGAGCAGCGGGGCUGCCUCUGGGAGCACACAACUGUUCCUGGCGUGCCCUCCUGUUACUAUGACACCAUCCCGAACUAUGUGACCAGUAAUAUUCAGUACCUACCCACGGGCAUCACCGCCGACCUCACCCACGUGCUGGCGCCUGAAGCUGCCCGGGCAGCACCACUGCCGCCCUCACAGGGCGCACCACCCGGACCUGCUGCAGCCAAGGCCGCCUCGGAUCCUCUCUCUGCAAAGAUCAGCUUCCUCCGCCUGAAUGUGACGUACCACACAGAGAGCAUGCUGCAGUUCAAGAUCUAUGAUUCUGCUACUAAAAGGUACGAAGUCCCAGUGCCUCUGAACACCCCUUCCUCUCCAUCCGGCUCCCCUGAAAACCGUCUGUAUGAUGUCAGCCUUCAGACUAAUCCUUUUGGGAUCCAGAUUCGACGGAAGAGCUCCAACACUGUGGUGUGGGACUCUCAGCUCCCUGGCUUCACCUUCAACGACAUGUUCCUUUCCAUUUCCACUCGCCUCCCCUCUGCUUACAUCUAUGGCUUUGGGGAAACUGAGCACACAACUUUCAGAAGAAACAUAAGCUGGUACACAUGGGGAAUGUUUGCACGUGAUGAGCCACCAGCGUACAUGAAGAACUCCUAUGGCGUCCACCCCUACUACAUGGGCCUGGAGGAGGACGGCAGUGCCCACGGAGUGCUCCUGCUGAACAGCAAUGCCAUGGAUGUGACAUUCCAGCCCACUCCUGCCUUGACAUACCGCACCACAGGAGGGGUUCUGGACUUUUAUAUGGUUUUGGGGCCAACCCCUGAGCUUGUCACUCAGCAAUAUACCAAGUUGAUUGGUCGGCCAGCAAUGACUCCAUACUGGGCCUUGGGAUUCCAGCUAAGUCGCUAUGGAUACCAGAGUGACACUGAGAUCUCCAAUUUGUAUGAUGCAAUGAUAGCAGCCCAGAUUCCCUAUGAUGUCCAGCACGUAGACAUCGAUUACAUGGACCGGAAGCUGGACUUCACCCUCAGCCCCAGCUUUCAGAACCUCGGUCUCCUGAUUGAGCAAAUGAAGAAAAAUGGCAUGAGAUUUAUUCUCAUUCUGGAUCCAGCCAUUUCGGGCAAUGAGACCCAGUAUCUCACAUUCACCAGAGGGCAGGAAAACAACGUAUUCAUCAAAUGGCCUGACAGCAAUGAUAUUGUCUGGGGAAAGGUUUGGCCAGAUCUGCCCAAUGUGAAUGUGGAUGGAUCCCUUGACCAUGAAACCCAGGUUAAGCUGUACAAAGCCCACGUUGCUUUUCCUGACUUCUUGCGUGAUAGCACAGCUGCGUGGUGGAAGAAGGAAAUUGAAGAGCUGUACAGAAACCCUCGAGAGCCAGAGAAGAGCUUGCAGUUUGAUGGGUUGUGGAUUGAUAUGAAUGAGCCAUCAAACUUUGUGAAUGGAUCCGUCAGGGGCUGCAAUGAUGAAAUUCUUAAUAAUCCACCCUAUAUGCCACGCUUGGAGUCCAGAGACACGGGCCUGAGCAGCAAGACCCUGUGUAUGGAGAGUCAGCAGGUCCUGCCAGACGGCUCCCUGGUGCGGCACUAUGACGUGCACAGCCUGUACGGAUGGUCCCAGACCAGACCCACAUACGAAGCUAUACAAGAGGUGACAGGCCAGCGAGGGAUCUUCAUCACCCGCUCCACAUUCCCCUCUUCUGGCCGCUGGGGAGGACACUGGCUGGGAGACAACACAGCUGCGUGGGACCAGCUGAGAAAGUCUAUCAUUGGCAUGAUGGAGUUCAGUCUCUUUGGAAUAUCUUAUACAGGAGCAGAUAUUUGUGGAUUCUUUGGAAAUGCUGAAUAUGAGAUGUGCAUUCGGUGGAUGCAACUGGGAGCCUUUUAUCCUUUUUCCAGAAACCACAACACCAUUGGGACCAGGAGACAAGAUCCUGUGGCCUGGAAUUCAACCUUCGAGACGAUCUCAAGGAGAGUCCUCCAAACCAGAUACACGCUGCUGCCUUACCUCUACACGCUGAUGCACAAAGCUCACGUCGAGGGCGGCACUGUCGUGCGCCCCCUUCUCCAUGAGUUUACAGAUGAUCACACAACAUGGGAUAUAGACCGUCAGUUCAUGUUGGGCCCUGCCGUCUUAAUCAGUCCCGUGCUGGAAAGUAGCACUUCUGAGGUCCAUGCUUAUUUUCCCAGAGGGCGUUGGUAUGACUAUAGCAUGGAAUCUGUCAAUACAUCAAUAGGUGAAUGGAAAACCCUGCAGGCUCCCCUUGACCACAUCAACCUUCAUAUCAGAGGAGGCUACAUCCUGCCUUGCCAAGAGCCUGCAAUGAAUACUCACUCCAGCCGACAAAAUUUUAUGGGAUUGAUUGUUGCUUUGGAUGACAAUGGGAAAGCUGAAGGUCAGAUAUUCUGGGAUGAUGGACAAAGCAUUGAUACCUAUGAAAAUGGGAACUAUUUUUUGGGAAACUUUACAGCAGCUCAGAACAGUUUGAAAAUCCAGACCAUCCACAAUGAGUAUUUGAGUGACUCGAGUCCACUGAAAGUUGGAUAUAUUAAAAUCUGGGGAAUAGGUUCUGCCUUUGUGACAGAAGUCACUUUCACCUAUGAUGGAGAGCAAUUCCCGGAGACAAAUUUUAAGAGUGACCCUUACAAACAGGUAUGUCUCAAAAAUGUUAUCAUAAAUUAAUUUUUUUAUUCUAUAAAAUUAUCACCACUGUUAUUAUCAUUAUAAUAUUUACUUAUAUUUGAAGGUUAUA